ACGAUUUUUCGUCGUUUCUCGGCAAAUAUAUACUUUUAAGAAUGAAGUAUUGUAUUGUAAUUCAUGAAAAUUGAUACCAAUCAAAUAUUUCAUCUAGCAAAAGCAACGCUAGAGGACAAAUCAAUAAGUAUUUGAAAGAUAGUUUGUAGUUAUAGCUAUAUAGCCUGAGGAACUAGGACGUUUUAUUCGAAAUUUAAAGUCGAUCAAAGAGAAAAUCGUAGAUGAAUACCGCAUGUGUCACAGAGGAAUGGAAGAUUCGUGAGAACGAUUUUCGGAAUAGCAAGGAAACGUUGGAAUGGGAAAGUACGAUAUGGUAUUUUAAAGGAUUCGGGACAAAGAAAUAAAGUAGGAAAAGAGGUAAUGAUGUUCUUAACUCUAUGCCCAAAGCGAAUUUCAAGAUUUUAUAUACAGCACGGUACAUAUGCACAAAAGAACGAGGUCUUUUCUGCGAAACACUAAACAAUCAUGGCCAUGUUUUAUCGUUAAAGCCGUUUGUGUUUGAUUUUCGGGAGAAGAAAAAGAAGAAGAUAAUAUUGGUUGAGAGAAAAAGGAAUCAUAAUGUUUGUUGACCACAGUAUCACCUGCAGGGGUCAGUUGUAGUUAGAGUGGGGGAUAGCGAAGAGCAUUCGUGCAGGCUGGUGGUUCGCUAGUUUCGCGGUAGCGAUAACCCCCGAUGCGCGUGUGCAUGCAUGUAUUUCGAUGUGUUAGGUUUAGAUAGAUUCGCUUAUACAGGGAAAGAGAGACCUCAAAGCCGUUUUCCUCGGUCGUUCAAUACGCGCGCGCGCGAAACGAAUCGACUUCGUCCCAUAGUAUCGUCACAGUUCUCGUCGGAGACGUUCGUGAUUUUGCACCCUUGUUCAAGUCACAAUUUACCGAACUAUAUGACGAGGGUACACCACGGUUUCCUUUCUUAUUUUCCUUCAUCUCUAUUUCUAUCUUCGCCUUUCUUUCUCUCCAGUUCUCUUUCUCUUACUAAAUCCUUCGUUUUCUUCGCUGCCAGCUUUCUCUUUACGUUCGUUUCUCUCGUUAUAUUUAAAUACGUGUUAAUUUCUAUCCUAAUCCCAUUCCAUCCCGUCGUUUCGAUUUUAACACAUAAUAUCGCGUUCCCCUCGGCUCGUUACUCGCAAAUUUAUGUGCCUGAUUCUUUCUUCCUCCUUAUCCCAUUGGUCGACACGUCGUUAUCAUCUCAUUUAAACCCAAUUUGGAACGCUAUUCAGAGCUCAAGCUUUGAAUCUCCUUGGAUAAAGCAAAUGGUAAAUAUGAUUCGCGAGUGUCAUACGUUACUCGAGUGACCAGUAAUCAACAGACUGGUUUUACGUCAUUCCUUGUUGUUGUUCUAUCUUGUUAUUCGGCAUUGUUUUCUAUUCGCUAUGCGAUCAACCACGGGAUCGUGUGUGAACGAUAUCCAGGAGACGACGUCGCAGGCCAGGCCGGAUUAGGGGUACAUCGAUCAUCAAGAUAUCAAGGAAAAAUCACGCAACGUCUCUUUCGAGUAUACUCUAAUACUUUCCUCCUCCUUCCUUGUUUUUCCUUGCUGUGCCUCGUCUCAGAUGGUUUCCAACCAUCUGACCGACCAUCUUCAUCCUUCAUCCUUUCUCCCUUUCUUUUCGUUAUUUCUGUUUUUCUUGCUCCUUCUUGACUUUUUCACCGCUUGGUGGUGAAACGCGCCGCAGUGGCACAAUCGUCAUCGACGAAAAAAGAAGAAUCUAUAUACUGUACCGCGACACACAUACGAGUUCGCGCUCAGUCAAUAGCAGCUGCAUCCUUUGAAAUUUCAAAAGAAGCAGAAACACAAGAGCAUAUCCACGAGUGCGAAACGAACGGAUCGUGAUCGAAUACCAGACACGACCGGCGAUCAAAAACUAGCGGAGAAGAAAUUGCUGCCUUCCAGCCUGCCGGAAAAUACGGCGGUGGUGGUACGACGAUAUCGAGAAGCAGGCCCAGUCGGCGGUCAAACAGUAUUAUGCGUUUUCUACGCUUUUGUUUAUUAUUGAAGAAGAGAGGAAGAGAUUCUUAUGCCGGAGAACAUGCCCGAACUGUCGAGUCGCGAACGUGAAAAAGAAUAGAACGGAAACGCGAUAAGCUGUACGUAGGGAACCGCAACGAUGAAAGGUACACAUUUCGGUGAGCCGAGGAACCAAAGAUUCCAAUGAUACCUUCGCAAGGUGGCCGUGAGGGAUACAAAGGUUCUGCCAACCCUCCGAGCAACGGCUCUGAGGACAAUGGCUUCGCUAAUCGACCCCGAGUGGCGGGCCUUUACGCGACGAAUCUCUUCAGAGAAGAGCCCAUUCGAUUCUCGUCAGGAGAGACUACUCGAUCUCAUGGUCUCACGCGAGAUACCCUCGAAAGAUCGCCACGAGAGAUUGGAAGCCAGAGAAGUUUAAAUCUCCCUACGGGCAUAGCCGAGGAAUUCGAGCUUUUGGAUCGGUCAAGAGUCGGGAUUUCAAGAACACCCCAGCCAUUAAGGAGAGGAGAGACGGACGCUGCUCGUUACGAACCUAGAUCCAGAUUCGAUGAAUCCGCCACCAGACGAACGGAUCAUUAUGGAUCGCCACCUGUCCAAAGGAUUCGCGAGAGCGACGAUGAGCAACAGGAAGAAUGCAUUGCUCGAUCCGUGUGCAGUACCCUUCGUGUGUCUCUCCUUGAGUUUCCGCGCUCCGACCAGACAACGUGGAUGGAGUCGGACGUUGGUGAUUCUAAAAUACCUGUUUCGACCGAUGAUCUUACUGGGAGAAGAGGGCCAGAUGACAGUUCGACGUUCGUUACAACUUCUGCCUCGAUACUUAUUUCUCCGGCGAGCGAGACCAGCGAAUGCGAUGCAAUCUUGCCCCCGGAAGUGGAGAAAUCAUCACCGCCACCGUAUGCGGGCCUCAGUCCGCCGGAGUACAUCGGCCAAGAGUACGAGACCAGUGAAACGCCUUCGCCGAUUUUUCCAAAUUAUCCACUGACAUCGUACGCGGAAGAGACACAUCACAGACGUUCGAGGUCGUCGGUUUCGGACGCCGGGCUUGAGUUCACUGCACGCGACGAACGUUUAAAGCGUGAUAGCCGAUUCGAGUCGGAGCCGGAGGAAGCUUUGGCGGAAGAGAUCGGCAGAUCGAGGCGAACCAGAUCGAAUUUAGAAAGGUCUACGGACGACCAUGUCUCGAGAUCUAGAGAUGUCGCGAGGCUGCGACCUCCCUUGGCCGCAGCAGCAGGUGUUUCGGCCGAUUCUGGGACCGGUGAUUCUGGAAGUGCGGAGAUCCAAGUGGAUCCCCUCGGCAUUCCCAGAACAACGACCGCCGGUGAAAUUCUAGAUGGAAGGAACGGAGUUGAGAAUGGCCAAGCCGCUAGUAAGUCGUCCAUUAAAACUCCCACCGGGAACAAUAAACAAACGGUGAAACUCUUCACGAAGGAAAGUCUCGACAGGUUGGAAAACAAGACCGUACAGCUCGUCAGAGAUUAUGGCUUUCAGCCGAAACGACGAAUGUCGGUCGAAGAUGGUGCGGUGCUUCCAAACAAAUUCGAACCUUUCCCAACUGAGCUUUACGGUAGGCCUCUCGAGGAGAUUGACAACUUUAUCUACGACGAGACAUUCUGCGUGGUAUCGAAGAGAUUUCGUAAAAAUUACAUUCACCGAUUCACGGCGACAAACAGCUGGUUCAUAUUUUCCCCGUGGAAUCCUAUAAGGCGGUAUUGUAUUUACCUAAGCACGAAUCAGUACUUCGAUUAUAUAGUCAUGGCUACGAUAAUAUUAAAUUGUGCCUUCCUCGCCAUGACGGAAACUAUCGAGGAAGCCGAAUAUAUAUUCUUAGCUAUAUACACGGCCGAAAUGGUGAUCAAAUCGAUAGCCAAGGGAUUUGCGCUCAAUAAAUACACUUACCUGCGAAAUCCGUGGAACUGGUUGGAUUUCGUGGUGAUCACCAGUGGUUAUGCGACUAUUGGAAUGGAAGUAGGAAAUUUGGCUGGGUUGAGAACAUUCCGAGUAUUGAGAGCCCUCAAAACCGUUUCCAUUAUGCCUGGCUUAAAAACCAUCAUCAAUGCAUUGUUACAUAGUUUUAAGCAACUUGCUGAAGUAAUGACGCUCACGAUCUUCUGCCUGAUGGUUUUUGCACUUUUUGCUCUACAAGUUUACAUGGGUGAACUUCGGAAUAAAUGCGUAAAAAAUGUGGAAUUCAAUAAUACUCAAGUCGAUUGGAGAGAGUGGACUUGGAACUCGUCCAACUGGGCAUUCGAUGAAGACGAAGAACCAAUAAUUUGCGGUAACGCAACCGGCGCCAGGCACUGCAACGAAAGUUACAUCUGUCUUUGUGUUGGCCCAAAUCCAAACCAUGGAUAUACAAAUUUCGACAACUUUCUGUGGUCGAUGCUCACCACGUUUCAAUUGAUUACUCUGGAUUAUUGGGAAGACGUCUAUAAUAAGGUAUUGUCGGCGUGCGGACCUAUCAGCGUCUCGUUCUUCACGGUGGUCGUGUUUUUCGGCUCGUUUUAUUUGAUCAAUUUGAUGCUCGCUGUCGUUGCGCUGAGCUACGAGGAGGAAGCCGAAAUUACGAACGAGGAACGAAGAAAGGACUUAACCGACCAUCGCGAGGACUCGACGUUUAGUUUCGACCCGACAAAAAUCAAUGUGAAGACGCUUGCCAAAGAAAAGCAAAAGAAAUUAGACGCGAGGAAAGGAGUCCUGCUAAGUAGUUACACGCGCAAAAAAACACGAAGAAGAAGACGUGGGAGAAGCACUGGCGGUUCUGGUUCAUCUGGUCAAGAUAAAGGUGGCUCUGUGCCAAGCAGGUCAGUGACUCCGAGCCCGAGCCCAAGUCCAAGACAUUCGAACGUUCGACCGUCUCACUUACUUCUACAAAAUAUUAGCCCACGAACUGUAGAGAAUAACGGGGUUCAUAGAUUGGCGCCAAAUCGUGGAAUGCUUCAUUCUCGACAAGCAAGUAACAACAGUAAUCAACACUCAUCGUUAGACGACUCAGGCGUUGUCGACGAUCACGAUGGCGACGAUGUCACAUCCGUAGAAGAACACGACAGACGUGACAACAAAGAAUCUAGGGCCCAUUGGCAAGAGAGGAUACCUACGAAUAAUAAGGCCGAUGGCAAUGCCGAAACUAAUACGGGUGAAACAAAAAAUGAAACGAAUAACGAGACAGAAGUGGACAAUGAGAGAGAAAGAUCACAGGCAACUAAUUCCGGCGGGUAUCUUGGUGCACCUACGAACGUUCCAGUUUCUCUUGCCAGCGGGACUACUAGAGAAAUUCGAGUGUUUAAAUGCAACGGCGUGAAAACAAAGAAACAGAUGUACACCUUGCCGCCAGAGUAUCUAUCGCACAUUGUUAUUUUAGAUGAUCUUCCCGAUAGAAAUUGUGAAAAGUGCAUCCAAUGCUGUAUAGAUUACGAGGGUUGGCUACGAUUUCAGAAUUGCUUGUACAAGGUAGUGAGAGAUCCACUAUUCGAGUUGACGAUCACAUUGUGCAUCGUCCUGAACACUGGUUUUCUGGCAAUGGAACACCACGGAAUGAGCGAGUCGAUCCGACAGGCGCUCAACAUCGGUAAUAAAGUGUUUACCAGUAUCUUCACCUUCGAAUGUUUGCUGAAACUGUUGGCGCUGAGUAAAGAUUUCUUCGCCAACGGAUGGAACAAUUUCGAUUUGAUAAUAGUGUCAGCGUCUCUGAUAGAUCUUACCUUUGAGCUGGUAGACGGCCUGUCCGUGAUACGCGGACUGAGACUUCUGCGUGUGUUAAAACUGGCACAAUCCUGGACGACGAUGAAGGUUCUUCUCAGUAUUAUUAUUUCAACAAUCGGCGCCCUUGGAAAUCUCACCUUAGUUUUGGUGAUCGUGAUUUACAUAUUUGCCGUGAUCGGCAUGCAAUUAUUCAGUAAAGACUACACUUUGGACAAAUUUUACCCAGACCCGGUACCACGCUGGAACUUUAACGAUUUCUUUCACUCGUUCAUGAUGAUAUUUCGUAUAUUAUGCGGAGAAUGGAUCGAGCCCCUGUGGGACUGCAUGCGAGCAGAAGAGGAAGACGGGCCUGAGGCUUGCUUCGCCAUAUUUUUACCAGCUCUCGUAAUGGGUAAUUUCAUGGUGUUGAAUCUUUUUCUUGCUUUGCUGCUCAACAGCUUUAAUUCGGAGGAAUUGAAACAGAAGAAAGAGGAAGUCGGCGAUGACUCGAAACUCGCAAGAUCGUUCGAUCGUAUCCGUUCGAUUAUACGGAAGAAUAAAUGUUCGCGCUUGUCUCAAGCUGUCGCUAAAGGUAAAGGGAAGGAUGCUCGUUUCGAAAAGAUCGUGCGACGGGUAAUAGAUCGGUCUGACAACGAGACUAAAUACGCUAUUCAAGAGACUGUACUCAGCCUUCCAAAAGAUAACGUUUACAAUAGAUCUUAUCAAGAAAGUUUAAAUCAGCCCGUUUUUUCUUACGAUCCAAUGUACUCUCAGUCUCAAACAGAAGAACAAAGAUACGGACAAAGAGAGAAGGAAGAAGAGAAGGACGCCUCGCCAGACGACGAAAACGAUUAUUCGAGUAAGGAAAAAGAGAUCGAGGCAAACGAAGGCAAAGAGGAGGAAUGUCAAGAAGUCGAUGUCGUGAGAGACUCUUCGUCUUCGAACAAAGCACCAGUUGAAGAAAGAGUCGCGAUGCUACCUCAGACAGAUCCAUUUCCUAGACCCGAGGAUCGGGUACCAAAACGACCUUGGCACGCGCUUGUCAGCUAUGUCGAUGAACUGACGGUUGGCGGUAGGAGAGAUAGUAAAGGAAAAUACAUCGAUGGUAUGGGUUCUUUUCCUGGAUUUGGAAGAAGCAACCGACGCAAAGAACCGCAAGAUUGCUUUCCACGACAGUGUUAUCAGAAGUGUACCUGCAUCGACCGGUGUAUUGCAACAACUAUCGGCAAAAAAUGGAUCAGAAUGCGAACAGUGAUUCUUUCAGUCGUUGACACGCCUGCCUUCGAAUGGAUGAUCCUAGUUUUCAUUUUUGCAUCCUCCAUAACUCUUUGUUUCGAAGAUAUUUAUCUAGAUGAUAAUCCUUUCUUGAAGAAAAUCCUCUAUUGGACCAAUCUUGGCUUCUGCGCGCUUUUCACCAUUGAGAUGUUACUCAAGUGGUUAGCUCUGGGUUUCUGCAAAUAUUUCACCAGUUUUUGGACAAUCUUGGAUUUUAUAAUUGUCUUUGUAUCAACAUUUAGUCUGUUGAUAGAAGAAAAUGAAAAUUUAAAAGUGCUAAGAUCUCUAAGAACCUUGAGAGCACUGAGACCAUUAAGGGCGAUAUCGAGAUGGCAAGGCAUGAGGAUCGUAGUGAACGCGUUGAUGUAUGCGAUACCUAGUAUAUUCAACGUGCUCCUCGUCUGUCUCGUGUUCUGGCUGAUAUUUUCUAUUAUGGGUGUACAAUUUUUCGGCGGCAAGUUUUUCAAAUGCGUUGACGAGUACGGCGAAUUAUUAGAUAUAUCGAUUGUAAACACGAAAGACGACUGUCUGAGGAAAAAUUACUCUUGGGAAAAUAGUAAAAUUACGUUUGAUCACGUCGGAAUAGCUUAUCUAGCUCUGUUCCAAGUAGCCACAUUCGAAGGGUGGAUGGAGGUGAUGCAGGAUGCAGUAGACGCAAGAGGUGUAGAUCUUCAGCCUCAAAGAGAAGCAAACAUCUACGCAUAUUUCUACUUUGUGAUAUUUAUCGUUUGUGGCUCCUUUUUUACACUAAACCUCUUUAUCGGAGUAAUUAUAGACAACUUUAAUAUGUUGAAGAAAAAGUACGAAGGUGGGGUGCUAGAAAUGUUUUUGACCGAAAGUCAAAAGCACUACUACACUGCCAUGAAAAAGCUUGGCCGUAAAAAGCCACAAAAAGUGAUAAAGCGUCCGAUGAAUCAAAUCCUCGCAAUGUUUUACGACCUAUCGAAUUCACGCAGAUUUGAAAUAGCAAUUUUCAUUUUGAUAUUCCUCAACAUGCUGACAAUGGGAAUCGAGCAUUACGAUCAGCCUCAUCCAAUCUUCUUCGUUCUCGAAGUGUCCAACGCAUUUUUCACGACCGUUUUCGGUUUAGAGGCAAUCGUGAAAAUAAUUGGGCUUCGAUAUCACUAUUUCACAGUGCCAUGGAACUUGUUCGAUUUCCUCCUCGUGCUGGCAUCCAUAUUAGGAAUAUUAAUGGAGGAUAUUAUGGUAGACUUUCCGGUGUCUCCGACGCUCCUGCGAGUCGUGAGAGUGUUCAGAAUCGGUCGAAUCUUAAGGCUCAUAAAGGCAGCCAAAGGUAUUCGUAAACUGCUCUUCGCUCUGGUGGUUAGUCUUCCGGCGCUGUUCAACAUCGGUGCCCUGUUAGCUCUAAUUACUUUUAUUUAUGCCAUUAUCGGCAUGUCGGUCUUUGGUCAUGUUAAAAAGCAGGGCGCGCUCGAUGAUAUGGCCCAUCAGGAAGAAGAGAUUGGUAUCGUCGAAGAUGAUUUAGAAAUGUUUUACAUACGAUGGUCCAAGUAUGAUCCGCACGCGACACAGUUCAUAAAUUUCUCGCAAUUAAGCGAUUUCAUAGCAAGCCUGGAUCCACCGUUAGGAAUUUCGAAACCAAACAUGGUCGCGUUGGUUAGCUUUAAUCUUCCUAUCGCAAAGGGUAAUAAAAUUCAUUGUCUGGACAUUCUGCACGCACUUGUCAAGCACGUCCUUGGACACGUAGAGGAGUCUGAAGAUUUCCGAAAGCUACAGGAACAGAUGGAUAUCAAGUUUAAGAAACAGUUUCCUACGCGCAAGGAACUUGAGAUUGUUUCUUCGACGAGAAUGUGGAAACGUCAAGAUAAAGCAGCUAGGCUGAUUCAACGUACUAUCAGGGAAUUUAUAACGGCAAAAAAGGAACGUGAAAGGAUGGCUCAAGAAGUAGACUCGCAGACUCAAACGUCGAGUCCUGGUGGUGGGAAUGAGGGUAGGGGCGGGGGUGGAUGGAGUGGCAAAGUAUCGGCAUUUCUACAUGUGCAUAGAGGUAGCCGAGCCAGUAGUCGCAAGUCCUCGAGGGCCAGCGACGCCAGCGAUUUCAGCGAGCUCGGUACAGCUUCGGCAUGGCUUUUUCCAAACUUACCUCUGCUGUUGCUCUCCGGCGCCACCGGUACUCACGAGGACCUGCCUCCUCCCGCUCUGACCGUAUCCCGUCCCUCGCCGACUACAGAACAACAAUCGUUUACCGGCUCCUCUGCUACUUCUGCUACUUCCUCUGAUCUACACAUUAGAUCAAUCGGGGGUCCGACUCUCGGCCGGCAGAACGCCGUUGAAAGUUAUCCCGAUGAGGAAGUCCCCAGUCUUCCUACGAAGCGCAGAUCACUUCCGCCAAGCGCUACAACACUCUCUUUAAAUACCUUACAUCGUGACAUCAAAGAAGCGUUUAGCAGACGUUGCGGUAGUCUCCGGAAGAAACAUCAACCAACACCAGAACCAGCUCCGCUGCCAAUCGAAUCUACCGAUGUAAGCAUACUUGUUACAGAACCCAGUCCAGAGAAUUCAGCACCGCCUACAAGACCGGCACUACUUAGACGACAAUCCGCCGCCACGGUCGUUCACGUCCUCGUUCACAGAGAGAGUGAAGAAUAUCGAGAUACACAACCCGACAAUGCCAGUUGAUCUUAGAUCGUUAUGCUUGACAUCCUUCCGAAAUCAGUUUAAACGAGAGGCUAGGCUGAAAGCCAUCGAAAUUUUGCUUCUUAUCGCGUUACAGUGACCUCGAGAUUCGAAUCUCAUCCGAUUCCCUCUCCUCUCCCCCUUUCUUUGACGCUGUUGCCUUAACAUCAUUACCAUCAAAUGUUCUUACUAUUUCAUUAUAAUAUGUACAUUUGAGAAGUCUCAAUGAAAUUAUUUCCUAACAGUUACAAUGGUAAUAACUUUAUAAAAAUAUUUAUUCCGAUAAUUAGAUCUUGUAAACGCAGUACGAUUUUUCUUUUACAAAAGCUAUUCUAACGAUACUUUUGAUCCUAAUGAAUAAUAGUAGCCUAUUUUUAGUAAUCAAUUUAUCGCGACGAGCUUAAAUCUUUUUCUUAUGCAAUAGAAACAGUGAUAGCUGGAAUAUAUAUAGUUGAGGUAGUUUAAUUGACUCGAUAUUACACGAAACUCGCAUUUCUUCUACCAUAAUUAAGGGUGAUUGGACCAAUUUAGUGAAAUAUAUUUAAAUUCCGAUCCCUUCUUCAAGUUAAAUCAUUGAUACGGUCUACUCGUUAUAAAGAGAAAUGAAUAAUAAUUACGUGGACAAAAGAAUAAUACUGCCUUAAAUAGCAUAGAUUUUUCAUUUGUAUAAUUAUUUUGAAGAAAGAAACGAAAAGGACAAAAAAGAGAGGGAAAGAGAAGAUGGAAGAAGGAAAACUAAACGGGAAUUUUUAAAGAAGAUUGUACACUUAGCCAAGUAGUUGUUUUUCUUUACACAUUUAAGGAUACUUAGAUUACUAGUACCGCUACUAAUUUUGUAUAAUACCAGACAUCAUAAACAAUAGCAUUUAUAGAACGUAAACGUAUGUGAUGUUUGUCUUAUUCAUAAUUAUCAAGGAAAUUGCGAUAUUCCUAAUAAGUAAUAAGAUUACAUGCUUAUCGCUAAUUUAGAAUUGAUAAUAUUUCUUUUUUUUCGUUCCAUAUUUGUUAGAAAGAAAGACUUUCUCUUCUGGACACGUUAUAGCAUUCAAGCAAUGAAUCGUAUAUUCACUACGCUAAUGAUCGAUAUUUAGCUUUCCGUAUAUGUAUAUAUGUGCUAACUUUAUAAUCAAUGUUGUCUCUUCAAGAAUAUUUGAGAAAAUGUAACGAUAUUUUCUUUUACGUUGCAAUCAAAUAACUAACAAAGAGAAACAAUAAUGUUCUAAUUAAGCGAAAUUAUAAUUUGAUACAUUUUAACCAGCUUGGAGUACCAAUUCCAAUAUACAGUACAAUUUUGUAACUUGUUUUAUAAUAUUAUAAUAUAUAUAUAUAUAUAUAUAUAUAUAUAUAUAUAUAUAUAUAUAUAUAUAUAGAUAGAUAUACACGCGGAAAACCUGAUAUCGAUCUAUAAUCAACAGAAUAGUAAAUUUAUCGAAAAUCUGUUAACAUGUAUGGAAAUCGAACAAUGCCCAGAAAGGAUGGCUCUCUCUCCUCUAACGUUCUUCAUAGCAUUAUUUUGAAAUAAAAUGCAUUAAUAUGUUACAUUACACAUAUAAUUAUACUUACAUAUCGCACGGUAUCUAUUGCUCAAAAAAGAAAAAAAAAAGGAAAAAACGGAUAAAUCAUAAUGAAUUUAAAUUUUACUUUCAAAUUCAUAUUGAUUUCUACAUUGGCAUAAUAUACAGUAUGUUCUGUUUAGCUGAGAACACUCGAAUAUCUGGAAAAAUACAAAUGAUACGAAAAAAUGUUUUAGACAAAAGCUGUAUGGUAGCGAAGGGAACAUACUGUGCUUUUAUCUGUUUGAAUAACUUGCUUGCGAUGACUUAAAAACGUAUUGUAAAGAUGAUAUUAAAAUUUUUUAAUGGAUACCUCCAUCUUUUAUUGCAUAUUCUUGUAACUGAUAUUCAGAUGUUUACAAAACACUACAAACUUAUGUCUUUCGCAUCACCCGUUAUCGAGAUAUAAACUUUCAAAUUCGAAAGAUCAAUAGAAGGAAUUACCUAAUCUGAAAGUGACGGCUCAGAACUGAUUGACUGUUUGGGAAACAUUUGAAAACUGCGGACUUGUGUUUCAGCAGUGUCAUACCAGUGGUGGCAUUAUGAAAAACAUCUUUAUAUGAUAUACAUCCCCGUGGUGUAUAUCGGGUAACUGUAAUGUAGGGGCACAUUGAAUUUUAAAAUUCAUAAUUCGAUGGCAGAUGGUGCAAAAGACACCAGUUUGUAAUCUUUUGAAGACGUUCUGACUGUAAGCUACAAGAAUAUUUAAUAAAAAAUAGAAAUAGCCGCUAAAAAAUUGUAAUGCACUUUUACAGGAUGAUCCAAGGUCGUCGCAAGGUGAAAUAGAUGAUGUCUUCCUCGAUACCAUAGUCAUUUCCAUUUUUUUGUGUCAUUUCCAUUUUUCCAGAUAUUUGAGCGUUUCUAGCUAAACAGGACAUACUGUAUGUAUUGCUUUUCUUUCCAUUUUCUAUACAAUUAAAAAACAACAAAUCAAGAGCAAGCCAGUAAAUAUAGCUACAUACAGUAUGUCAAGUACAAGAAAAGACAGUAUUAUAGAUAUCUUUGUUUUUUUGUUUAUUUCAUUCAACUAAUUAUAAAACGAAAAGGGUUUAUGUAAACCUAACGAUGUAUACUUGUCCUCGAAGAGAAAUGUUAUAAGUUUAGUAAUUAACAAAUUGAAAAUAUAAACGAAUAAGGUAAAAUUUCUACAUAUUUAGAACAAUGAUACAAUUUGCUUUUAUAAUAUUAUUGAAAUUCGUGAAACUAAAUUUAUCAAUGAAUUUAUACCAAUCUAGGAAGAAUUAUUUUCUUUUCUGGAUAAAAUUGUAUAAACAAUAAACAGUAUAAACAGUUUUUACUUUUUAACUAUUAAAGACUAAUUAUAUUUAGAACUGUACUUUGUAUGAAAGAAAUUUUUAAAUCUUCGACGAUGAGUAUUAUAGAUAUCGCUCAUUUACUACAACAAGGACAUCACUUGAGAAUAACUUGAAUUAUUGAUACAGAAAAAGCUGUUGUUCCUUGUGUGUACCUCUUUUGGAGUUUUAUAAAUUAACUUCAAAAAUUCACCACGUCAGGGCAACAGUUAUCCGCUGUUAUUUAUACUAAUAGCUAUCGCUGUUGCAUCAUCAUGAAACUAUAACAGUUUAAAACAUUCAAACUCGUUUUCGCUAAAAUCGUGAUUUCUCUGUUAUGUCAUUGUUGCAGCAAAUGAGCGGUAUGUAAUGUAUACAUAUGUAUAUAUACGUGUAUCAUAUAAUGUAUGUAUGUAUAUAUAUGUACACGUAUAAAUAUAAAAUUAAUAUGUAUAAAAAUAAUUUUUUAUUUUAUUUUUUCUUUCUUAUGAUUUGUGUGACAAAAUCAUAGAAAUCUAUAUCAUCUAACAUCUGUACAACAUGGAACUAAAAAUUAAGAAAUAUUUAAUGACAGAAAGGGAGAGAGGUAAGAAAGAGCGGAAGGAAGAAGUGGGGAAAAAAUUUAAAAAAAAGAUUCACAUAGAGAAAGGAACAACGAAUUUUGUAGUAAUUAGUUACAUUUUUAGCGUAACCUUAUUGGAUCAUCUUCCUUUUGUUUCUUUGUUUAUUUAAUAUUCAAAUCCCUAAAAUUAAAAAAGUCACACAAUUUAUUGAUUCUUGUAACAAUAGAUGUUCACGUUAACAUUUUCAUAUUUUCCUUUCACAAAUUAAUCGUUGCCAUUAACACGUCACGACCUCUCGUGGACCUAUAGUGCCUAUUGUUAGAAAACGAUUGCGAGUUAAUAUAAUAUGUAUACAGAAAUAUAAACAUGUAUAUUAGAUUUUCAUAUUACAAAGCGUUCGUACAUGAAAACAGUACGAGCUAAAUUUACGUAAAAAUCUCUCGUUAGAACGUACAACGUACGUUACUUUUAGAGUUUAGCAUUUAAUGCUUAAUGCUUGAUAAAUCUGUUACUUCGCGCGUUGACUAUAAGACAUAGUUAUUAAGUAUUAAGGAUCACCGAGAAAAAGGUCGACAAGUAAACCAGUCAGAAAGAUAUGAUUAAAGAUAAAAAUUUAAUAUUUCGAAAAUAUAAUUUAAUUCGAAAAUGUGAUCUUUCCAAGGCACGCAUUGUAAAGCUAUGUAUCAUGUCAAUUAAAGGCAUAAAUUAUA